UUAGUGUGGAAUGGGUCAGUGGUACACACUUCCAAUUUUUUAGAAGCGAGGGGCGGCGAAUACGAUUCUGAGUGCUUUCAGUAUAGGAAGAAGCGUAAGUUUGCGAAGUCGUCUAGUUCCGGUGAGCAAGACACGGCUUCUUCAAACGAGAACGUGUAUUGUGGUAUAUCGCCUUGCAUUUACAGCAACAAGAGACCGAGUGAGACUGUUAAGGGUGGGAGUGGCCGGGGUCUUCGGCAGCUUACUCGGAGGGUUUGUGAGAAGGUUAAGUCUAAGCGAACGACUUCAUACUAUGAAGUGGCCAACGAAUUAGUAGCAGAUAUUCUAGGCAGCAAUGUCAGCAACCACUUUGACGAGAAAAACGUUCGUCGUCGCGUAUACGACGCUCUGAAUGUGUUGAUGGCAGUGAACAUCAUUGACAAGAACAAGAAGGAAGUUCGAUGGAUUGGUUUGCCUGAUGCUACAGAAGAGAUAGAGUUGUUGACAAAAAAAAAGGAGGAACAAGAAGAUUUGAUAAAUAAAAAGAAGGAACAAAUCCACGACCUCGAGGCCCAAUGUCGCCUGUAUGAAGGUCUCAUUGCUCGAAACAUGCAUGCGGAAUUUCAACAACAAGGCGCCGAUCCGGACCAACAGAUUACAUUGCUCACUCAGAGGAUUACUUUGCCGUUCAUCAUCAUACAUACCAAAUCGAAAGCAAAAAUUGAUUGCUACAUGAAUGAGAAUCAUACGUAUUACGCAUUUGACUUUUCUCUUCCUUUUUCGAUUUGCCAUGAAUACGAAAUUGUCAAGAGCAUGAACAUUCCCACGAUCCGCAAAUAGUGUCUUCAAUUCUUGAUCGUAAAUGAAAUUCAAGUGACAAUUGGAUACGGGUGGCGGCGUGCGCUCGAAGCACGCGAACGCUAGGAGUCCAUUUUUGAACGGCUGCAUGUACAGAAGGAGUUUAGAAAAAAUUAAAAAAAUUGUACACCGUUGUGU